AUAAGGAACUGCCUCACACGAGAUGGCUCUCAUUACAUCAUUUGUUCUGGAUCUAAUGGUAGUCUGUUUACAUAAUGUAUAAAUGUAGUUGUUUGUCCCAUUGCUCGCAUCUUAUCCGACCCAAAUACGUUUAUUUAGUUGCUGGUUUCGCCUUAGUUCAGUCGUGAGAUAAUAUCGAGAUAUGGCUGAUGACUCGACGGAGUGCACCCCUCUUAAGACGGUGGAACUGGAGGAAAGUUCGUCCUCAAAACGCAACAUUUCAGAGAGCACGCUGCCGUUUAAAGCCAAGCUGGUAACGUUAGCUGCAGUUUUAGGCGGGUUCCUAUUUGGGUAUGAUACAGGGGUUAUAAAUGGAGCUCUGGUACAACUGGAAGACAGACAACCUGAUUGGAAGUUGACAGAUACCAAGAAGGAGUUAAUAGUCAGUUCAGCGAUAUGGGCAUGUGCUGUAGGAGCCUUGUUAGCAGGAACCAUCAACAAAUAUCUUGGGCGAAAGAUAAGCAUGAUGAUUGGAGCUGCUAUCUUAACCGGAGCUUCUUUUAUCAUGGCAUUAGCACCAAACUGGCAAACACUGGUCUUUGCAAGGGCAGCUGAUGGAAUCGCUAUCGGUUUUGUGUCAAUGACAGGACCACUGUACAUAGCUGAACAACUACCUAACAACUGGAGAGGUCCUAUGGUUGUGUGUUACCAACUUCUCAUAACUAUUGGUAUUCUGGUGGGGAGCAUUUUGGCGGGAAUAUUUGAACCUGUGCCGAGUGGCUGGAGGUGGACACUAGGGCUGAGCUGUGUACCGUCGACUAUCAUGUUUAUUUUCAUGAUCUUCAUGCCUAAAAGUGUGAGAUGGCUCUACUUCCAAGGAGAGAUUGAAGAAGCAAAACGAAUUCUAAAAGAGUUAAGGGGAACGGAUGACGUAGAACUGGAAAUGGAGGAGAUUGCAGAGGAUUACAGGAAGACGAAAGAUGACAAAUUACUUGGUGGAAAAGGUUGCAGUCUUCUCUUGAACAUGUUGCGGAACACAGCAGUCAGGAGGGCUUUGUUACUGGGGGUGAUGCUGCAGCUUUUCCAGCAGUUCUCAGGCAUCAAUACAGUUAUCUAUUACUCGGCAACUAUACUGGUCAUGUCCGGGGCAUCUUCAAACAAGGCUAUUUGGCUCUCUGCUGCUGUCUGCACUGCUAAUGUCGCCUUCACUUUCAUUGGUGUGGUGAGUGUUGAGAGGCUGGGGAGAAAGGUACUACUGAUGUGCAGCAUGGUCGUCAUGAUGAUCGGCCUUAUCUUGCUGGGCAUUUCCUUCAUUGUCAUUGAUAAAACCUCUCAGGGAAUCUUAACAGAAGGAGUCGGAGAAUGUAUGACUGUAUCUGAGUCCUGCUACAGCUGUGUAGCUUCUGAAAUGUGUGGUGUCUGCAGCAACUUAGCUGGGGACCUCAUGUGUGUCUCUGCUAAUGCUACUGACCUGAUCUCAUCUACAUGUGAAGGUGGUAAAGUGUCUGAAGUUUGCAAGACAGAAUACUCCUGGUUAGCUGUAGUCGGACUGGUGGUCUACAUUAUGGGCUUUGCUCCGGGUAUGGGACCUCUACCAUGGACUAUAAACAGCGAGAUAUUCCCAAACUGGUCACGUGAUACUGCCAUGUCCAUCACUACUACUACUAACUGGAUCUGCAACAGUAUCAUUUCACAGACGUUCCUACAACUAACGAAGGCGGCUACAACCUCCGGGGCCUUCUUUAUCUACUGUGGUAUAACACUAAUUGGUCUGAUAUACUUCUUCAUCUGUCUCCCUGAGACGAGGGGUGUGUCCCUUGAGCACACUGAAGAGCUUUUCUCGAGUAGUCUCACUUUCGUCGGACUCAAGACUGGAUUAAGAAAGAAAGAAAUCGUAAACAAUGAGGAUGAAUAAUAAAUUAGAUAAUAUAUAAUUAGAUUUCAAUAUGUCGAUCCGCACUGCUAUGUUUAAAGAUGAACAAAAGGUGUUUAUUAGCUAUUAAGCUAUAACAGUCAAUCGUAAAGUAUCGAGUGAUUUUUAAACUGUGCUUAUAAUAUUGGUUACUACUCAAUGUUGAUAAUUUUUUAUUUUAAACUUUUGCUUCUU